GUCAUAUUGUUACUCAUAAGCGAUUUACAAUUGUAUCUCUACUUCGUCAAGGCUACGAAACGACACCCCCAGAAGACCAUUUGGCCUAGUUGGUUACUCACAAUGGCCAACAAUGUUGAGAUGAACAUCUGCGUACUUGGGGCCGGUGUCAUCGGGCUGACGUGUGCCCUAAAUCUGUCCGCCAAACGAGGGACAUCCGUGACUGUAUUAGCGAAGCAUAUGCCAGGCGACUAUGACGUUGAAUACGCGAGUCCCUGGGCAGGAGCAAACUUUCUACCGUAUGGGGCGGAAGGUACCCUACUUGCUCAACUGGAACGAGAGACAUGGCCGGAGUUGCAACGUCUAGUCAACGACGUCCCGGAUGCAGCAAUCCAUUAUCAGCCGGUGAAGCUGUACAACCGAGCCAAAGAUGCCGGCAGUCCGACCGGUGAGUGGUUCAGCAGCCUCAUGAAAGAAAACCCGUGGUACCAGAACCUGGUGCCCGACUUCAGGGUGUUGUCUCCGAGCGAGCUUCCCGAAGGCGUCGACUCCGGGAAGGGCUUCACGUCGGUCUGCAUCAACUCGGCCGUGUACCUCCCAUGGCUCGUCUCGCAGUGCUUGAAGAACGGGGUUGUGUUCAAGCGAGCCGUCGUCUCGCAUCUGUCCGAGGUCUAUGGCAUGCAUCACACGGGAAAGCAAGCCGAUAUCGCCAUCAACUGUACGGGACUAUCGUCACUGAAGCUGGGCGGUGUCAUGGAUACCAAACUAUUCCCUGGCCGCGGGCAGAUCGUCGUGGUACGCAAUGAAGCCGGCGUGAUGCCCAGCAUCAGCGGAACCGAUGACGGCGGAGAUGAAGUUACAUACAUCAUGGAGCGAGCAGCCGGCGGCGGUACGAUCCUCGGAGGAUGCUUCCAGAAACACAGCUGGGAAUCGCAGCCGGAUCCCAACCUGGCGAUCCGCAUCAUGAAGCGCGCCGUGGCGCUCUGUCCGAGCUUGACGAACGGGAAAGGCAUCGAGGCGUUGAGCAUCAUCCGACACGGCGUCGGUCUCCGUCCCUUGCGCGAAGGCGGUCCACGCGUGGAGAAAGAGCGGUUUGAUGGGAAAUGGGUGGUUCAUUGCUAUGGCCAUGGAGGGUAUGGAUAUCAGUCAUCGUAUGGUUCAGCGUUGGAGGUGGAGCGGUUGGUGGACAGCAUCCAGAACACUCGCGCGAAGUUAUAAGUCGUUCCGGCGCGUCAAGAACCAUCAUGUAAUUAUAUAGUACAUAAAGAAUUCUAGUGUCUACAAGUAUUGGA